CGUCUAUCGAGCCAGUAAUUCCAGUCGUCCCAGCAUGCACCGCGCAGUCUGCUGCAGCCUCUUAUUGACAAAGGGGGAAAAAAAGGCAAGAGAAACAGCAACAACAACAGGGUGGGAUCGGGACAGCAGUAGCCCGACUGGUGACAUUGACAGCGAAAGUACCAUGCCAUAGAAGCCACAGGUGCUGUCGUCUAAAGGGACGUUGACGGUGCUGAGAGCGUGUGGAGCGCAGGAAGGAAGGGGGGGAGGGGGGAGGCAGAUAUUGGACGGGGGGAGGAGGAGAGCUCAGCGGGGGCCAAUGCAGCAGCAGCAUCGACAGCCUGAGCUGGUGGAAGGAAACCUUCCCGUGUUUGUGUUCCCCACUGAGCUCGUCUUCUACGCCGAUGAGCAGACGUCUCACAAGCAGGUGCUCACCCUCUACAACCCCUAUGAGUUCGCCCUCAAGUUCAAAGUGCUGUGUACAGCGCCAAACAAGUACACUGUGGUGGACGCCACCGGAGCUGUCAAACCACAGUGUUGCGUGGACAUAGUAAUCCGACACAGAGACGUGCGGCCGUGCCAUUAUGGCGUGUACGACAAGUUCCGCCUGCAGGUGUCGGAGCAGAGUCAGCGGAAAGCUUUGGGUCGCAAAGAGGUCAUGGCCACGCUCCGUCCCUCGGCCUCGCAGGAGCCGAGCAGCCCACGCUCACAAGAUGAUGAACGCAGGGUCAAAGAGCAGCUGGCAGACAGCGAGUUCUUUGAACAGACCGUUUUUCAAACAGAGAGCCGCCCGGUGGCAGGAGGACCCAGUCUGUUGACGGUGCUGCUGGGGCUGGUGUGUGUGGCCGCCCUGAUGCUCCCAACCCUGGGAGAGCAAGAAUCUACUGUGCCUGUCUACCUCCACUUAAGUGUUAACAAGAAACUUGUAGCUGCUUAUGUUCUUGGACUUCUCACGAUGGUCAUUCUACGCACAUGAAGGGAAAGAAAAUCAGACAAGGUCACAAACCACCGCUGUUUCUUCGUAUCUACGGGCCACAGGAGGGAGUCGAACUCCCAAUAUGCCUUCACUCCUGAAACACAAGUGUUUCUCCCCACCACCCCCACAACCACGUUUGUCUGACACAUUGAUGCAACCAGUGUCUCCAGUGGAGUGACUGCAAGGACCUGUGAAGCAUGAUGGCUGCCAAUGGCCUCAUUGCUUACUGUUGCUAUGAAACUGAAGUCUGCAUGAGUGAAGGAACAUGCACCCUACGUGUAAAUAAAGCCAUACCAAUUUUCUUCUUGCAAUCGCGCGUAAACACCACAUUAAUGUUUUGAAUGAUGUUAGUGUAGAUUAAAGACUAAAUGCAGUUAUCUGCAUGUAUCGGUACCUGUUUGAAUGCCUUUUUUCAGCAGUGAUGUAAAAAGACCUUUUGGUCAAAAAUUGUUGUACUGUUAUACUUCAAACAUGUAAUAAAGAGUCAGCACAUCAUGGUA